UUGUCGCGCCCGUUUUAUAUGUUUUCCUUUCCCCAAACAAACCGAAGCAACCGAAGACGAGACAGCAUCUGCGAUGUCGCAGGGGAGCGGUGACGGCAGGGGAGGAGGCAUGGAUUUCAAUCUUGCGGAAGAGGUUCUGGCGGUUAUACCGACGGACCCUUACGAGCAGUUGGAUCUGGCGCGCAAGAUAACUUCCAUGGCUAUCGCAUCCAGAGUGUCCAAGAUGGAAGGGGAAAUUGGGAGGAUGAGGACCUCAAUGUUCGAGAAAGAUCGUAUCAUUUACGAAUUACAAGACAAACUAUUACGAUUGCACCAAGAGAAUCAAGAGACCGAGUCCAGAUUAAAGAUUGCUCUUCAGGAAAAUAUCAAUCUUUCAAAUGAGCGUGAUUCAUUAGCGAUGACGGCGAAGAAACUUAGUCGUGAUUUAUCUAAGUUGGAGGCUUUUAAGCGACAAUUGAUGCAAUCUCUAACCGAUGACCAUGCAUCCGCAGCUGAAACAGUUGAUAUUGGGACCUGUGACCAGUCAAUCCCUAAAGCCUAUCCUGAUCAGGAUGAUGGGAUAAAUGACUACACAUCACUUCGUUCUUCUAAUGGUUCAAUGGACAUGGGAAGCGCAAUUGAUGAAGCCUCAGGACAUGGUGGAGAAAGAUUUGCUAUAACUCCAUAUGUCUCGCCACGGCUGACUCCUGAAGCUCCAAAAGUUAUGUCCGUAAGUGGUUCCUCUAGGGGUUAUUCAGCUGCUGGGUCUCCCCAGAGAACUGGUGCAGAUUCUCCAACAAAGCCUCACUAUGGUGGGACUUCACCCUUGUGGUACUUGUCAAGCCAGCAGUCAUCCGCAUCUAGCACUCCUCCUCGUAGGCAUUCACUGCCAGCACGGAGCCCUCGAAUCGAUGGGAAGGAAUUCUUCCGUCAAGCCAGGAGUCAGCUUUCGUAUGAACAGUUCAGUGCAUUUUUGGCAAACAUCAAGGAACUGAAUGCUCAAAAGCAAACUCGAGAGGAAACUUUGAGGAAGGCUGAAGAGAUUUUUGGGGCAGAAAACAAAGACCUGUUUAUAUCAUUUCAAGGAUUGCUAAAUCGCAGCAUUCGCUAA